AGUUCCUGAUGCACUAGAAUGAAGGGGUUUACAUUUCGUUUUAAAUUCACGUCUUAAGAUUCAAUAUCAUAUCAACACUUCAAAGAUCAAUACAAAGCCAUUUUCUUGACACUCAAUGCUAUGAUUAAAGCACCAUUCCAUGUGCAAAAUAAAACUGAAUAUAUCAAGAAAUUGGAGUCGAUGUCUAAAGAUCAACCGGCUAAUGGAAGUGAACUUAGACAGGAGUUCAAGAAUUUAUUCAGUUUGCGGCCAUCGUACACUGAAGUUGAUUACAAGUUUGCUCUACAGGCUGGGAAUGAAAUAUCUUCCAUCCUACCACUUGACAAGUACAGUCUCUUCCUAACCUCCAGUGUACCAAACCGUACCAGUUACAUCAAUGCAAUUAAUCUUCCUUCUUCCACCAACAACAAGGCAUUUAUUGUAACACAUUAUCCACCACCAGAGGACGCUGUUGACUUUCUGCGCCUGCUUACAGAUCAUGAAUCCCAAGUAGUGGUUUGUAUGGAUCCCCUCACCAAUGUGGCGUCAAGCAAGAAUUGGCUGCCAAGGAUGGGUUGUUCCCUUAGUGUAUCUCCAUUCACCGUACACUGCAAGCAAGAGGAAAUCACGAAGUUUAAGUGCACCACAGUAGAUAUUGUUCGGAAUGGGAUGAAUAAUGAAACAUGCUCUGUUGUAAUUGUGGAGCCAAUCUAUAAUCUGAAAUCAAGCGGGGAGCCUGGUGGAGGGAUUGGGUAUAGCGACGCUUUAAAUGAUGCACGUAUUGUUGAGUUAACGUAUGUAUUCCAAUGAUAGGAUGAAUACCGGAUGAUCUAUGAUGAUGUGCUGGAUUAUAUUAGGACACAGGAGAAAUCUUCUGAUGCCAAUGUUUACUUCAACCAAUGAACGACACAUCACCUGAUAUCAACGUUUGUUUCAACCAACGAACGUCAAAUCACUUUAAAACGACAUUUACUUCAACUAAUGAACGACAAAUUACAAGAUAUCAGUGUUUAUUUUAACCAAUGACGACACAGUACCUGCUCUCAAUGAUUAUUUCAACCAAUAGACGUCAACUCAUAUUAUCACAAUUUUCACUUCAACCAAUGAAGGACGCAACUUCUGAUAUCAAUGUUUAUUUAAACUAACAAAUGUCAAGAAUCACCAACAUAUGCUUCUUACUUAUAUACUUUAUUAAAAAUAGGUGUCAACGGUAAA